AUGGUAAGUUUUAAAAAAAAAUUUGCAAAAAUGCAUUGUUGGGUCUUUAUGGACUUAGGGGGCUGGAGCUGGGCUGCGGGGCAAGUGGGUUUGCUUUCUGCAUGAGAGAGAAGGUUUGCAUGCUUGCCAGGGUCCCAGGACCACAGAACGGUAGCGUUGGAAGGGGACCCCCAAAGGACAUCUAGCCCAACCCCGCGCAAGGCACCAAGCACAGCUGCAGAACCCCUGGCAGCUGGUCAUCCGACCGCCGUUUAAGAGCCUCCAAGGAAGGAGAGAUGAGACCACCACCUUCUGGGGUCAUGCAGCUGUAGAGCUGGAAGGGACCCCCAAAGGUCAUCCAUUCCAACCCCCCGCAAUGCAGGAAUCUCAGCUCAAGCAGCCAGGACGGAGGGCCAGCCAACCUCUGCUUACAAACUCCCAAGGAAGGAGAGUCCUCCAGCUCCCGAGGAAGACCGUUCCACUGUCAGAAAGUUUCCCCCAAUGUUAAAUGGGAAUCUCCUUCCUUGAAAUUUGAAUCCUGUGUCCAGGCCACAUAGCUGGCCGCCAGCUCCACUUCCUGCCCCUAAAAUAGAAAGGGAGUCAAUAUUUCUGCACUAACCUUACAUGGGGUCUAUGUUUUUGGUACAGUAAUAGUUAUAGUAAUAGUAAUUUAUUAUUUGUACCCCGCCCAUCUGGCCGGGUUUCUAAUCUUUCUGGGUUUUUAAUCUUUGUCACGCAUUAAAAACUUCCCUGAACAGGGCUGCCUUCAGAUGUCUUCUAAAAGUCUGGUAGUUGUUGUUCUCAUUAACAUCGGAUGGGAGGGCGUUCCACAGGGCAGGUGCCACCACCGAGAAGGCCCUCUGCCUGGUUCCCUGUAACUUGGCUUCUCGCAGGGAGGGAACCGGCAGAAGGCCCUUGGAGCUGGAUCUCAGUGUCCGGGCUGAACGAUGGGGCUGGAGACGCUCCUUCAGGGAUACUGGACCGAGGCCGUUUAGGGCUUUAAAGAUCAACACCAACAGAGAGGUGCAAAGUGUAGGAUUUGGGGCGGGGGGCGGGGUGGAGGGCGAACGUUGAGGUGGAUCUGAAAAGUGGGAUGAGAAAUUCACUACCUGCUUCUAAAACUGGACGCAGGAUCCCUGCUGGAUCAGCCCAAAGGCAUAGAACUGUAGAGUUGGAAGGGACCCUGAGGGUCAUCCAGUCCAACCCAGGAAUCUUUCUGCCCAGGAUAGGGCUUGAACCCACGACCCUGAGAUUAAGAGCCUCAUGCUCUGCCAACGGAGCUAUCCUUCACACAAGGCCAUCCAGUCCAACCUCCAGCAGUGCAAGAAUAGGCAGCUGUCCCUUGUGGGGAGCAAAGCUCCAACCUUGGUGUGCCCCUAUUUUCCAGGGACAGUCUCAAAUUUGCGGGAGCCAUUCCGGUUUCUGAUUUGAUCCUAGGAUGUCCCACUUUUCCUCAGGAUUUUGCUCUUUUUGUUGGAGAAAUGUUGAAGUGAAUGAUAAUAGUAGUAAUAAUAAUAAUAAUAAUAAUGUUAUUAUUUAUACCUCCCCCCAUCUGGCUGGGUUUCCACAGCCUCUCUGGAUGGCUUCAGUGCCAUGCUCUAACCAACUAAGCUAUCCGACUUACCAUCUUCUUCUUCUUUUUUUAACAAUAAUUUUUAUUGAGUUUUCCAUAUUUAUCAUAAUCACAUUUUGUUACAUAAAUCUAUAGCCUAAAACAUUGCUCAAACAGAGCAUUGACCUCCUUCCUUCCCUCCCUCUUUCUGACUUCUGAACAUUUUUACUAAAUUCUUAGCAUUUCCAUAACCCCUUUUUUACCUUCCAUCUUCUUUUUACAUUUCACCUCAUUAUAUGUAAAUCAGUUCCUUAUAUUCGCAUUACAAAACUAAGCUAUCCGACUUAUCAUCAUCAUUGAAUAGGGCAUCCCUGUUUUCAUUGGAGAAAUGUUGGAGGGGAUGAUGAUGAAUAGAACUUUGGCGAGAAUAGAACACUGGACUUGACCCAAGGCCUCUUCCUCUGCUUCUCCCCACAGGCGGUGAUGGGGGUGCAGCUCGUGGUCUCCCUGCUGGUGGCCAGCAUCAUGCAAAAGAUGGCCCCUCACUGGUCCUUCGCCCGGUGGAUCCUCUGCAAUGGAAGGUACCAGAAAUCCCCUUUUUCGCAGGGCUGGGGAUGGCAGGGAGGUUCCUCAGGAGUGCAGCAAGAAGUCAAAAUUUACUUAUUAUUUUUUGACCGUGGAUGGAAGUAAAAGGGACUUGGGGGCUCCCACAUUCGGCCUCUGGACUCACCCACCCCCAAAUUUAUCCGUCUGUCCGCAAUUCCACCUGCAGAAAAACACCAUUGAAUUUAUUCCCUGUUUAUUUGGCGUUCGUACCAGAUUUGCCGGCUCGGUUAGGCUGUGGCCGCGUUCGUGCCAGACCUUUAAAAAGCUCUGGUCCCGCUUUAAAACCGCCAGGGCUUCCAAAUAAUUCUGGGAGCUGUAGUUUGUUAGGGUGCUAUUCCCCAUGUGAAGCUACAGUUCCCAACAUCAUUAAGCAAUCCACCCUUCUUCCCAGGGAACUCUGGGAAUUGUAGGCUCACAUCUACACCCUGCCUUUAAAGCGGCAUGAUAUCACUUUGGACAACUGUGGCAGCGGCGCCCCCCCCCCCCGCAACGAAUCCUGGGAGCUGUAGUUUCAAUCAAUCAAUCAAUCAAUCAACCUUUAUUGGCAUACAGAGAGGUGCUGAGAGUUGUUAGGGAACCCCACUUUCCCCUCCAGUUUUAACUAUCAAUCCCUUUUCCCAGGGAGCUCUGGGAACUGUAGUUCUGCAAAGGAGAAUAGGGAGCCUCUUCCCAGUGCCCAGCACCCCAAACAAACUACAGCUCCCUGGAGUCUUUCCCCUCUCAGGACUAGCAUUCCCAGAGCUCCCUGGGAAGGGAGAUGAGCUGCUAAACUGGUCCGGGAAUUGUAGUUCUCAGAGGGGAAAAGUGGGGACCUCCUCACAGCACCCAUUGCCUUUGAACUACAGUUCCCCAGGAAGCCAUGACUGUUUAAAGUGGCAUCAAAAGCGAUUUAAGUUUUUAUUAUAAACAAUAAAAUUAUUAUAAAUAACACAAUUAUUAUUAUUAUUAUUAUUAACCUUGUAUUGGGAAGUUUUUAACAUUUGACAUAUUAUUUUUUAUAUUUUGCUGGAAGUCGCCCAGAGUGGCUGGGGAAACCUAGCCAGAUGGGUGGGGUAUAAAUAUGAUGAUGAGAUGAUGAUGAUUAACGUAGGACACAAAUGUGGCCUAUGUUUUCCUCAGGAGCAGAGCCAAUGAAUUUAAUAGAGCCAUGCCAGCCCUUGCCCAUCUUUUUUUAAAAAUAUUUUUUUUAAUUUUUCUGAUAUCAAAUCCAAAUUUGCAUUGAUUGACUUCCCCCCCACACCCAGUUUCUGUUUUUUUAAUUUUAUUUUCCUUGCUUAUAAUUCUUAUAAUUAUUUUUCACAUCAUAAUUCUACCUUCAGUUCACAAAUGCUACAAAAAUCCUGCUAGUGUUUCCCCAUUUUUACAGUGCUAUUUAAAGCAAUCUACAAAAAUUUCCCAUUCAUGAUUAAAUUCUUCUUCAUCUUGGUGCCUGAUCUUCACGGUGAGUUUUGCCAUUUUGGCCUAGUCUGUCCCCUUAGUCCUCCAUUCUUCUUUCGUUGGUACGUUCUCUUCUUUCCACUUCUGGGCAAGUCACAUUCUGGCAGCUGUGGUCGCAUAUAUAAAUUGUCUUUUUUGUUUCUUUGGCACUUCAUCUCCUAAUAUUCCUAGUAAAAAAGCCUCUGGUUUUUUAACAAAUGUGGUUUUGAACAUUUUUUCAUUUCAUUAUAUAUCAUUUCCCACCCAUCCCAAUGGGACUUCUCUUGAGUUGCGUUUGGCCCAAUGUCUGUCUGGUGAGCCCUUUCCCCCUCUUCUUCCUCCAGCCUUCGCCGGUUCAAACACCCCUCGGAAGAGGAGCUGCUUGCCCUGGCGGGGAAGCCCAGGCCAAAGGGGAAGAGGGAGCGGUGAGUAGAGUUGACCGUCCAGCGGGCUGAGGGAGCUGGUGGCCAGCGGUGGGGAAGGAACUAUGAGUCUCCACCUGCAGCAUGGAGACACCCGGGAAAGGCGUGGGGGCAACUUAGAUCCAUCUUGGCCCCCCUGGCGCCGUCUUUGGACCACACAGCUCCCUCUGGCGCCAACCGACUGACGUUAGUCUGUCUGUCUGACAGGAAGAUCAACGGCGUCACUGAGGAAAAGCCUUCCUCCGUCCCCCGGGAUAUUGACCUUCGCUUGGACAGCAGCCCCAUCACCGCCGUGGACGCUCUGGGUAAAUCCCCUAAGCUCCCUCCCUCGGGCAGAAAUGGGGGGCUGCCUAUCCUCCCCUCCCCAAAUAGCUUUCGGGAGUCUGGUCCCCUCAGGGACACCCCAAGCCUUUCUUCCUGAGAUUGUUGUAGCUUUUGUUUGUCAGAGCCAAGUUUCUAGUCCCUUUGGCUGGCAGAGAGCAUUGUGCCCAAUUUUCCCUGAAGCAAGCAAGUUUCCUGCCACUUGCCAUAGGCUGCCCAGCGGGUCACGGGGAUCGUAGACGGCAUUUGUGUAUUAUUAGUAUUAGGUACUUGUUUAUAUAUCGCUUACAUGCCAAAGGAGUUUCUAAGCAGUUUAAUGAUGAUGAUGAUGAUAAUAUUUAUAUGCCACCUAUCUGACUGCAGACCAGGGUUCAAAUUCCCCCCUUCGCCAGGAAGCUUACAGGUUUAAAAAAUAAUUCAUACCCCACCCAUCUGACUGGGUUGCCCCAGCCACUCUGGGCGGCUCCCAACAAAAAAGAGUGUAAAUGCCCCCCCAUCAGAUGUCAAGGUAAUAAAUAACUAUCUGACUUUUAGAAGACAGCUGAAGACACCCUAUACAGUCAUACCUCGGGUUGAAGUUGCUUCAGAUUGAGCGCUUUCAGGUUGUGCUCCGCGGCCACCGGGAAGUAACAGAAUGCGUCACUUCCGGGUUUUGCCACUCGCACAUGCGCAGAUGGUCAAGAUGACAUCACGGGCAUGCGCGGAAGCGGCGAAUUGUGACCCGUGCAGACGCGAGUUGCGUUCACUUCUGGAUGCAAACGGGGCUCCGGAACGGAUCCCGUUCAUAUCCAGAGGUACCACUGUAUAGGGAGGUUUUUGAUGUUUGAUGUCUUAAUUGUGUUUUAAUUUGUUGGAAGCCACCCAGAGUGGGCGGGGUAUUGCUAUUAUUAUACACUGAAACUCUUCAGUGGUGCAGGAUUUGGCAGCCAGGUUGCACACUGGAGUUAAGACAGUUUGAGCAUAUUGCCCCGAUCCUGGCCCGACUGCACUGACUGCCAGUUAGUUUCCGGGUCCGAUUCAAUACUCAGCUGGAUGGCUCUAGAGAAGCCAGGCUCCACAGUUCCUUGUCAAAUCAACCAUUUAUUUGGAAUAUAGCUCAGUCGGCAAACCGUGAGACUCUGAAUCUCAGAGUAGUGGGUUUGAGCCCCACGUUGUGCAAAAAGAUUCCUGCAUUGCAGGGGUUGGGCUAGAUGACUCUCUGGGUCCCUUCCUACCCAUUCUAGACCAUUCCACAAGGCCUGGAAAUUUGCUUCUUCUUUUUGGAAGAGGCUUUUGGGUGCAGCUGGUCAGAGCAUCUUCCUGUCUCUCUUCUCUCCGCUUAGUGCUGUGCUAUUUCCUGGAAUAUCAGUGGUACGUGGACUUUGCAGCGUACGCCACCGGGAUCUACGUCUUCACCGAAGGCUACUACUGCCUGGUUGACCCCCGGAAGGAAGCCAACAUUGGGAUUCUCUGGUGCUUGCUGGCUGUCAUCUUCUCCGUGUAUCCUUUGGCCUCGGGGACGCCGUUUGCGGCCACCAACCUGGGACGGCUUUAAAAGAGGAUUGGGCCAAUUGAGGAACACCUUGAGAUUCCUGCAUUGCAAGGGGGUUGGACUGGAUGACCGCUGGGUCCCUUCCAGCUCUAAACUAGAAGAGGGCUCUCAAGGGCAGAUGGGGCCCAGAGUGGCUGGGGAUGCCUAGUCAGAUGGGCAGGGUAUAAUCAUCAUCAGAGGAGGAGAGUUUUCUUGUGCUUGGAUCCUGCUUGUGGACUUCCCCUUUGGGCAUCUCCCUGGCCCAUGUGAGAGCAGGAUACUGGACCCCUGGCCUGAUCCAGAAGGCUCCUCUUAGGUUCUCAUGACCACUUCCCAUUUCACAAGUGUCUGCAUCAUGAUUUGUCAGUCUGAGAAAUUGAGCUUCCAUUUAAGAAAUGCGCCAAGUUUCCUGGGCAGAGGCCUGGAGUCCUGUGUCCAGUUCUGGGCACUACAAUUGAAGAAGGAUGUUGGGAAGGUGUGCAGAGGAGGGUGAACGAGAUGGUCAAGGGUCUGGAAACCAAGCCUGAUGAGGAACGGUUGAAGGAGCUGGGGGUGUUUAGCCUGGAAAAGAGGAGGCUGGGAAGAGAUAGGAGAGCCAUCCUCAAAGAUCUCAAGGGGUGCCCCAUGGAAAAUGGAGCCAGCUUGUUUUCUCCUGCUCUGGAGGGCAGGACUCGAACCCAUGGCUUCAAGUUACAAGAAGGGAGAUUCCAACUAAACAUCAGGAAGAACUUUCUGACCGUUAAGAGCAGUUCAACUGAGGGAUGGAAGGCAGUGGACUCUCCCUCCUUGGAAGUUUUUAAGCAGAAGUUUUUAAGCAUCUGUCCUGGAUGCUUUAGUUGAGGUUCCUGCAUUGCAGGGGGUUGGACUAGAUGACCCUCAGGACCCCUUCCCACCUUGCAGUGUUAUGCUUCUUUGCUUGUAUGAUUCUAGACCUCAGGAUUUUUUUUUAAAAAAGUUUUAAAGCAUUUGAAUUUCCAGUUUAUAGAUCUUGUGGUUGCAAAACAAUAUUUCUGCAGGAGGUGCCAGGAAGCUGAGAGGCAGUGGAUUAACCAUGAAUUCCUCCUCUUCCCAGGGAACUCUGGGAAUUGUAGCUUUGGGAGAGGAAUGGGUGGGUUGUGUGUCUCCUAACAACUCUCAGCACCGCCCCAAGCAAACUACAGCUCCCAGAAUUCUUUGGAGGGGAAUGCCAUGGUUGUUAAAGAGGCAUCAGAGAGCUUUCAAUUGUGUAGAGUCAAUUAAGGUGGCCGAAGUGAUACUCAGAGUAGACCCAAUGGGAUUUAGGGACCCAAGUUAGUUGCGGGGAAAGAGGGGCGGAUUGAUAGAGCACCCUGGGAACUGUAGUUCCGUGAAGGGAACAGCGGGAAUGAAAUAAUCCCAAAAGUGAAGCUAUUUCAGGAUUGUGUCCCAACCAAGAAGGAGUGUCAGACUAAACGAAGGGAAGAAUAAGGAACCAAGAAGAAAGAAAUUUCAUCAAGGAACGGGGAAAAUUUGUGGAAUACUGUAUCUGAAUAAAAAAAGUUGUACACAAUUAAGUUCAUUGGCAAGAUUAAGGUAAAAACCAGGGAGUAACUAAUAAAUGGAAUAACGUAGGAAAUGCAGUGUUAAAAAUUAACAUUAUAAGAAACCUCAAAGGGGGUGAAGGGAAAGGCCUCUUUCUCUCUCUGUAUAUAUACCUAUAUGUUUGUUUAUUGGGAAGUUAUUCAAUUUGUGUGUCUGUAAAAAAAAUCUAAAAUUGGGGAAAAAAUGUCUAGAGACAAAUGAAUGAAUGAAUACAGUGAAACCUUUGUCUUUCUCGGGAGAAGUGAUGUUUCCGGCAUGUGAUCCUUAGCGCAACCCUUCCCUUCAGCAAAAUCUUUUUCAUGGUGAUGACACAUUACUUCCGCUCCAAGGAGGGGGGCGAGCGAUCCGUCUGCCUGGCCUUUGCUUUCUUCUUCCUCCUGGUGGCCAUGCUGGUCCUGGUCGUCCGCGAAGACUACCUUGAAUUUGGCCUCGACGCAGGUGAGGGAGCUGGGGGCGAGCUCACAAAGCACUGGUUAUAUAUAAAGAAUUUUACUUAUUUCCUCAAAUGUAUGCACCGCUCAAUGGUUGGAAGAAUGGAAAAAUUCAUUUUUCUAAGAUUUUCUAAAAUUCUAAAAUUACUUUUAGAUACGAAAGGGUUAGAAUACCAAAUCAGGUUAAUAAUAAGAAUAAGAAUAAGAAUAAUUUAUUAUACCCCGCCUAUCUGGCUGGGUUUCCCCAGCCACUCUGGGCGGCUACCAACCAAAUAUUAAAAACACAAUACAGCAUUAAACAUCAAAAACUUCCCUAAACAGGACUGCCUUCAGAUGUCUUUUAAAAAUAAGAUGGUUGCUUAUUGCCUUGACACCUGAAGGGAGGGCGUUCCACAUACCCUUCGCCCCCCACAAUAAAAUAUUUGAGGGGCCCCUUCAAAGUUGAUGGGCAUCACCUUUCAACUAGUGUGUGUGCACUACGUCAUGUGACUGAUUAUGCGCGGCUUACCUGCAGACACCCUCCCCCCCAAUAUUUUAUUCAAAUUGGCACCUCUAGCAUUGUGCCUGCAUUUCCCUAAUUUUCAUCCCCACAUAACUCAAAAAAGUUAAGACCUAGGAGAUUUUUAUUCACACCAGUGACUUGGCCUUUGUGAGAUAAUCCGGGACAGCAAUUUUAAUGAAAAUAUGAGAUUGAUUUUUUUAAAAAAAAAUGUGAUCUGUCGGGGGGGGGGACCUUGAAGAAGAUGACAGUGGUUACCCAGACCUCGUUGCUGGUUGUGUUGGGCUCCCUGUGAAAAUUCAGGUUUGGGGGGGGGGGCAAAAUGUAGGUCCGCCACUGCAUUUUGAUAAGGCCUCGCUCCUGCCAGCAGUCGCGCUGCAACAUUCUCCUGGAUUCUCCCCCAACUCUCUCUUUUUAAAAAAAAAAAAAUAUUUAUUACUUUUCCAACAAUUUAAACACUACAAAGAAAAUAUAUAUAUAUAUAUAUAAACAAUACAAUACAAUACAAAAACAAUACCUAACACUAACACAUUAAACUAACAAAACAAAACAAAAACAGUUUAGAACACAUCAAACAGUUUCAAUAUCUUAUCUUUCAUUCACUUAUUUCAAUGAUCUCCUCACACCUCCCUUUUUGUAUUCCACUUCUGUUAAUUGUUUCAGCAAUUCCUUUCCAUCUUCCUCUGCUUUCUAUCCUUUAAUUAUCUUAACACAUUCUAACCUUAUUUUUCCCUUUAAUACUCUAUUAAUCUAUUUAUACUUAAUUCCUUAUAACAUUUCUACUAAAGCCAUAUAAUUUCAUUCCAACAUUUUCCUAACAUUUAUUAAUUUUACAGUAUUUCUGUAAAUAGUCUUUAAACUUUUUCCAGUCUUCUUCCACCGACUCUUCUCCCUGGUCUCGGAUUCUGCCAGUCAUUUCCGCCAAUUCCAUAUAGUCCAUCAACUUCAUCUGCCAUUCUCCCCCAACUCUCUUGUCCCCACAGGGCUGAAUAGCGUCCAGGACAACUUGGAGGUCUUCCUGAAAGGGCAAGGCUGGGACUGGACGUAAGUGUGUCUCUGAAAUCUUAAACCCUGCCUGGAGUUAUUUCUCUUUGUCCACCUCCUGCCCUCAAGUGGAGAUCUGAUGUCCGAAAUGAGGCCACUCCAGGACUGUUUUGGUCAGCUCACAUCAAAAAGGAUAUUCUAGAGCAUGGGUAGGCAAACUAAGGCCUGGGGGCCGGAUCUGGCCCAAUCGCCUUCUAAAUCCAGCCUGUACACGGUCCGGGAAUCAGCGUCUUUUUACAUGAGUAGAAUGUGUCCUUUUAUUUAAAAUGCAUCUCUGGGUUAUUUGUGGGGCAUUGGAAUUCGUUCGUUAUAUUUUUUUCAAAAUAUAGUCCGGCCCCCCACAAGGUCUGAGGGACGGUGGACCGGCCCCCUGCUGAAAAAGUUUGCUGACCCCUGUUCUAGAGUUAGGAAAGGUUGGCCAAAAUGAGCCAGGUGAUUUCCCUACAAGGAAAAGUUGCUGCGUUUGGGACUUUUUAGUUUGCAAAAAAGGCAGGGAAGAGUGUUCCUAAAACCUGUGCUGAAUUUUCAUUUGACUCAACUGGACAAAUCAAGGAAAGCCAAAAUCCCACUCUUUUCUGCCUUGGUUAGUCCACACCUGGAAUAUUGUGUCCAAUUCUGGGCACCACAAUUUAAGAAGGAUGUUGACAAGUUGGAACAUGUGCAGAGGAGGGAGACCAAGAUGACCAAGGGUCUGGAAACCAGACCAUAUGAGGAGCGCUUGAAGGAGCUGGGGGUGUUUAGCCUGGAAAAGAGGAGAUCGGAGAGCCAUCUUCAAAUAGCCCAAGGGCUGUCACAUGGAAGAGGGAACAAGCUUGUUUUUGCUUGCUCUGGAGGGCAGGACUCGAACCCAUGGCUUCAAGUUACAAGAAAGGAGAUUCCGACUAAACUUUAGGAAGAACCUUCUGUUGUUAAGAGCUGUUGUUAAGGAAGAACUCUCCUUCCUUGGCGGCUUUCAACAGAGGUUGACAUCUGUCCUGGAUGCUUUAGUUGAGAUUCCUGCAUUGCAGGGGGUUGGACUAGAUGACCCUCGGAGGUCCCUACCAACUCCUACAAUUCUAUGGUUUCUCUGGCACCCACUGAACCUCCAUGGAGGGAGCAUUCCACAAAGGGGGAGCCACUGCAGAAAAGGCCCUGUUUUUGUGUCAGGGAUUCUUUAGCUGCGAUGCCUUGCCUUGCAGGGAUGACUCUUGGGGUCCCUUCUGCGUCUCCAGCAGCCUUAGCCCUUCCCGAAAAACGCCUCCCUCUCUCUUCCCCCCAGGGUCCCCGUGACCAAGCUGACCGUCAAGCUCUGCCUGGUGGCCCUCUGCUCGUUCCUCGGCGCCUGCCUGACCUUCCCAGGGCUGCGGCUGGCGCAGACUCACCUGGAUGCCCUCAAGAUGGCUGCAGACCGGCCGGUGGUCCAGUUGCGUAACGGCUUGCCCCUGGCCUUCCCGAAAGAUGGGGGUGGGGGGAUAAGGGGCAGGGAUGCAGAGGGGGCAGCCUGUGGGCGGCCUGACCCUUCUCCUCCUUGACCCCCAACACUGCAGGCUGCUCCUCCACGCCAGCUUCCUCGCACCCGUGGCCAUCGUGCUGAUGUGGGUCAAGCCCAUCUCCCGGGACCUCCUGCUCAACGCCCCCAUGGGGAAAGAGACCGUCCAAAUGUAAGUGCUUCUGCGAUCACCAGGAGGGAGAGGCGGCCCUUCAGAGCUCUCCCUCUGGCCCCAGGAGCUCUCCCUAGGCCACACACACACCCUGCUCAUCUCUCCCUGGCAGCAUCCUUGAGUGUUCCUUUUAAAAACAAAACAAAAAACCCUCAUAUUAAUUUUUCAGUUAGAUAAAAUUUUUUUUUACAAAUUUUAACCUAAACCAUAAGUUACUUUAUCCCUUGACUUCAUAUCUUCCGCUUCCAUGGUUUCCAUAUUUACCCUUGAAUGCUGCAUAUUUUGUCCCUAUACUAGUAAAUACAUUCAAUUUAGUAAUAAUAAUUUAUUAUUUAUACCCCCCCCCAUCUGGUUGGGUUUCCCUAGCCACUCUGGGAGGCUUCCAACCGAAUAUUAAAAACAAUACAGCGUCAGACAUUAAAUACUUCCCUAAACAGGGCUGCCUUCAAUUUACCCUACAUAUCCUAAUAAUUUGCCCUGCUGCUCAUAUUUCAAGUCCUGCUUGCAUUUUCAUCUACUCUAAUAGCUCAAGGCAUUUUCAUCAUUUUGGUCUCUAAUCUUUGCUGUUAAUCUUGCUGAUUCCCCUCCAUCUCCAAAAGCCAUUCUUCCUUUACUGGAAACCUCUCCAUCUUUCCAUCAUUGGGCAGACAGUAUUUUUGCUGCUGUCGUUGUUUUACGUAAAUAAUCUAACCUGCUCUUUGGGAACAUCCUCCUCCUUGAAUGUUAGCUCCUCCUUGAAGCUAGCCUCCGGGCUAGCUAGAAAUGUCUUUGUGGACUCUGAAAGGAUGACGCAUCCUUGCCUGCUGGGACCAGGAACCUUUUGCAUUCCCUUGAGCUCCUUGGCAAGAAAUGGGGGGAGAGUUGAAGGUCCUAAAUGAGCCAAAUAAACUCAAUAAAGUCCUGUUUCAAACAGGAAGCUUGAAGCUUCGAAGUUUCCAUUUAUCAUGGUCGCAGACCAGCGUUUUAAAAAUAGCUAAGAUAAUGAAAUUACUUUGAUUAUGAAUUCUCUGGUUUUAUAUUCUGAUUUUAAAUAUGUGGCUGAUUUGUUAAAAUCAAUAAAGACAAUUUGGCAAAAAAGGAAAAGGGAAAAAAGGGAAACCGUCAUAGAAUUGUAGAGUAGGAAGGGACACCGAGGGUCAUCUAGCCCAACCCGCUUCAAGGUAGGAGUGUAUCACCCAAUCCACGACCCUGAGAUUAAGACUGCUCUACCAGUUGAGGUAUGAAAAGAUGGAGGAAGCCUCUCUCUGGUGGAAUCUAGGCACAUAUAAAAAACGCUGUGAAAAUGCUUUUUUUAAAAAAAACGUUUUGAAAAAAUAUAUUGAAUUUUCCAUAGCUCACCAUCGCCAUCUAGUGUCCUAUUUCCAUAAUGCACUUUACAACACACUUUGCAGUCCUCUGUAUGUGUGUGUCUGUUUCUCUUUCUGCCCGCAGCCUUUCCAACCCUUCCUACAAUUCGAUGCGCCUCUGGACCAUUGUAGCUCUGUGCCUCCUCCGCCUGGCUGUCGUGCGCCACCACCUGCAGGCCUACCUGAACCUCGCGGAGAGAUGGGUGGAGCAGAUGAAGAGGGAGGCUGGGAGGAUUGCCGUCCUGGAGAUCCAGCGGAAGGUGCGGAGGCAGAGCGGGGGGUGGGGGGUGGGGACACACACAUCAGGUGCAGGCAUCAGGUGCAACAACUUUGUGGGACAAGUUGGGACUUCCUGAAGAUUCCCCCCACCCCACCCCUGUAUUAAAAGCGAAGGCAAUCCCUUCCCUGCUGUAUGCUGAUAGCCGAACAGACACAACAUGAAAGAAAAAAGGUAUGCAGAGGGAAGAGGAAACGCGAGUGUCGUCUGGCUGGCAGAUGGGACAUUUUGCUGCAGCGGCCAUAAGUUCCAAACUAAGCAUUGGAGGGGCUUGAUCCUGGGCAAAAUUAAAUGUCCUGUUUAUUUUUAAGUUCCAUUCCGCCAAAUGGCAAUGUUGCUAAGAUGGUGGUUUUGUUCUGUUUUGGAGUUUGUUUGUUUUUUACAUUAUUAUUAUUGAAUUACAGAUCACCAGAAUCUACUGCUACGUCACCGUGGUCAGUUUGCAGUACCUGGCCCCAAUCCUGCUCACCUUGCACUGCACGUUCCUCCUCAAAACACUAGGUAAGUGGGGGCAGAGGGGAGGCCUUCAAGGAGCUGAAUGGGGCUGCCCCAUAGCUCAAUGCCCCCACUUUAGUUUCUACCCAGACACAUGCAUUUAUUAUCAAAUACUAGCACAGGAAUUAGAGACGUGGGUGGCGCUGUGGGUUAAACCACAGAGCCUAGGACUUGCCGAUCGGAAGGUCGGCAGUUCGAAUCCCCACGACGGGGUGAGCUUCCGUUGCUCGGUCCCAGCUCCUACCAGCCUAGCAGUUCGAAAGCACCUCAAAGUGCAAGUAGAUAAAUAGGUACCACUCCGGCGGGAAGGUAAACAGCGUUUCCGUGCGCUGCUCUGGUUCGCCAGAAGCGGCUUAGUCAUGCUGGCCACAUGACCCAGAAGCUGUACGCCGGCUCCCUUGGCCAGUAAAGCGAGAUGAGCACCGCAACCCCAGAGUCAUCACGACUGGACCUAAUGGUCAGGGGUCCCUUUACCUUUACCUAGCACAGGAAUUGGGGGGGGUACAUCCAUGGACCUGCUGGUGUUUGCUGAACUUUUCCUCCCAUCAUCCCUGAUCGUGGGGUGUGCUUGCUGGAUGAAAUAGCCCCAUCCCCCCGCCCGCCCCCAAUCUCUGGCCUGCAGUGUGCCAUGCUGCUGGUUAAGCAGGGGAGGGCAACUUUUGUGGCCCUCCAGACAUUGCUAGGCUCCAACUCCCAGCAGCCAGCAUGCCCAGUGGUCUGGGAUGACGGGCAUCCAGAUCCCAGCAACAUCACGAGGGACCCAGGAGUUCCCCAUCUCUACAGGAGAGUGUCAAAAGCAAGCCGGCAGCCAAUCACACCAUGCAUGUUGGAGUGACAUCGUUAUUCGUAAGACAGGACCUGCACAGACUUGGCUAAGCACCAGGCCUAAGGAGCAGAGCAGCUCAUCCCUGGUAGGUCUUGCCCCCCAUGAAGCAGUUGCUGAGCCUGAAAGUCCCCGUCUCCCUACGGCUGCCUAAGUCCCCUCCUCUCUAGGGUUUCCCCCAAGCAAUCGGAGACUGGGCUGUCAUGCAUUCAACCUCUCCUCCACCCUCUUCAUGCCUCUCCUGGUUCUGGGAAACCAGCAGGGAGGGCAGCUUGAUGCAGCAGGAGGGGGAGACACCCGUGACUCUUCCCCAGCCAGACUCCUCCUCCUCCUGCUUCAGUUUCUUCCUCUGAUUCUGGACUGAUUCUCUGCCACCGACUCUCUCCACCCACUAAGCCCUGUUGCCUCUUUUGCUUCCAACACCUCCUCCUCAGUCUUCUCCCUCUGACCACUCAUCAUUGUCCCACCACCCCACCCCAGGCUUCUCUCUUGGGGGUUCCCCCGUUGGCUCCUCGCGCCAUUCUUCUGCCUCCAGCCAGGCUGUUGACAGAGAGACGGUGGAAUGCCCCAAUCCCAGUGCCCGCUUUUGCCACCCUGUGCUGGGGAGGUCCACCCCUUUGCUGUGUGCUGACCCACUGGCCCACUUGCUCGCCUGCACGCAGUUCCUGCUCGCCUCUGGCGACCGGCAAAGGGCUCGAAUACUAGGCUGGGUUAGGAGUUGCGUGUCCCUUGCCCUGUUUCUCACCUGUGUCUCUCUUUCAAAGGCGACUAUUCCUGGGGGCUGUACCCAGAGCCCGCCCUGACCUCGCCAGCAGUGGAUGUGGUUCGUGCCCCGCAGGCCGCCCCCUCGAAAGACGGGGGGACGGAGGACAUCCAGGCAGCGGUGGAGCAGAUCACGGGGGCCCUGGGGGCUUUCAGCACCGUCUUCACCCCACUUUUCUACCGGGGGCUUCUCUCUUUCUUCACCUGGUGGGUGUCCGCCUGCCAGGUCAUCGCCACCCUCUUCGGCCUGUAUUUCCACCAGCACCUGGCUGCGUCCUAA